CUGGGAAACUCCAGGACCUCCCACAUCUGACACCGAGCACAGAAAACUGGCCUUACACACAUACUUCCUAACUUUGUGAUUCAUAAAUCCGGUCCUCACUGCCUAUUUAUUUUCAAUGAAAGUACGCGGCGUAUCAUUGACUUGAAUUGAAAAUAAUCAGGACCAUACCCCUGAUACCCAUUCUUAGUGAAUGCCAUUUUGAAGUAUUCCUUGACCGACAGAAUCAAUCUCUUUACGAGCCUAUGCCUGGUAUCGUCAUGCAGCGCUGCUACUCUCCUGUUCGUUAUGUGAUUUGCAAAAUGGAUCUAAAAAGCAUCUUGUAUCCGACGAUGUACAUCACACAAAUUCCCUGAGCAAGUUUAGAAGGAGAACGCGAGAGCCCUAGUCUAGGGCGGGCUACUACUGCUGCUGUUUGCUGCUUUAUAUCGGUUAUCUCACAUGAAUUGCAACAUCUCAAUACUUCCCUUGCAGACUGAGAAACAGCGCAUUACUUGAAAUCAAGGCGUGGAAUGUUUUAUUGAUCAACACCAUGGCAACUCUGAAGGGUACUUGAACUUUGUCAAAGGUGCGAUCAUGAGCCCACAUUAUCUCCAACAAAAAAAUUCAGUUCAUGUUACCAAGAAAGAAUCUUCCGAGAGCAUUUCCAUUGUGUCAGUUUAACAAAGUUGGUCGCUUAAAAUAAUUUGAGGAGACCGACACAAUCGAGGACUGAAGGGAUGGAUACUCGAUCAGACUUCACCUUUCCUGCAUAUUGGUGUGUCCAUACCAGGCCGUGGGCGACCAUUUAGGAUGUUGAAUGCUGAUCAGUGGCACUGAAGAACUUCCUGAUGUCUGUUUCUUAAUUACACAAGUGUUCCAGAGCUGCGUAAAGUGCCAAUGGAAUAUCAUUUUCUGCUGACCUGUGAUGACAAGAGGGAAAUUGAAGGAAACGCUUUUUUUCCGUGAAAACGAGCACAAAAGGAAAUACAUUGAACGGCAGCGUGACAUUUUCAGACGCCGAGGAGCUACGUAGAAUGAUACGGAAAUACCUCCAGGGAUUUCAAGGUGUCUUUAAAAAUCAAUUAUGGAUUUCGUUUGGAUUAUGCAGAAAGAAAAACUAAUAACUUCGGAUCAAUGCCAGACAUUUUUGCAGGAGUUACUUGCAAAGAAUGAUCCUCGCCCAUCCUUGUUUGACGUUAUCAUCGGUAGUGACGAUAAAGAAAUACGACAUUUUUGGAAAACACUUUUGAAAUUUCAGGAUAUGGAUGCAGAUCUAAGGAAAAUCAUGAAUGAAAUUUCACGGAAAGAGUUUGAGGAAAACGCUGGCUCAGCUCAGGAAAAUGAACACCACCAGAAAGACAGCAGUCAAUCUAAAAAUGAUUCCAAGCAAAUACUGGAUUCCUAUCAAGACCAGCCCAAUGAUCAGCCAUGGACCAGGCAACAUGAAGUUCAUGCACCGUCACCAACAGGAGCGGGGGUGCAGAGCCCCGAAGCUAACAGAGUUGGAAAUGAACUUAAAGAAAACGCUGGCUCGCCUGAAGAAAAUGCCCGUGAAGUAUCAAACGAGCAUAAACUGGAUGAUGACCAAGUCCAGCCCAAUUCUCAGCCAUGGGCUGGGCAACAGCCUGCCACCGUAAGUGAAAGAGAUAUCGCCAAAAAGGCUGAUAAAGUUCAACCGUUCUCAACACCAGGAGCGGAUAUGGAACUCCCCGAAGAGAACAUAUUGGGAAAAGAACUUAAAGAAAACGCUGGCUCGCCUGAAGAAAAUGCCCGUGAAGUAUCAAACGAGCAUAAACUGGAUGAUGACCAAGUCCAGCCCAAUUCUCAGCCAUGGGCUGGGCAACAGCCUGCCACCGUAAGUGAAAGAGACAUCGCCGAAAAGGCUGAUAAAGUUCAACUGUUCUCAACACCAGGAGCGGAUAUGGAACUCCCCGAAGAGAACAUAUUGGGAAAAGAACUUAAAGAAAACGCUGGCUCGCCUGAAGAAAAUGCCCGUGAAGUAUCAAACGAGCAUAAACAGGAUGAUGACCAAGUCCAGCCCAAUUCUCAGCCAUGGGCUGGGCAACAGCCUGCCACCGUAAGUGAAAGAGACAUCGCCGAAAAGGCUGAUAAAGUUCAACCGUUCUCAACACCAGGAGCGGAUAUGGAACUCCCCGAAGAGAACAUAUUGGGAAAAGAACUUAAGGAAAACGCUGGCUCGCCUGAAGAAAAUGCCCGUGAAGUAUUAAACGAGCAUAAACUGGAUGAUGACCAAGUCCAGCCCAAUUCUCAGCCAUGGGCUGGGCAACAGCCUGCCACCGUAAGUGAAAGAGACAUCGCCGAAAAGGCUGAUAAAGUUCAACCGUUCUCAACACCAGGAGCGGAUAUGGAACUCCCCGAAGAGAACAUAUUGGGAAAAGAUGCAUCAACAGAAUCUCAGCAACUCCAGAAGGGCAGUACUGAUUCAGACAGCGAUAGAAAGCUAAAGCUGGAUGUCGAUCAAGAUCAAAUGGAAACUCAGUCAGUGAGAGGAAUACAUUCUCUUGCAGAUUGGUAUAGGACCAACAUUAACAAUGCAGAUGAAGAUCGACCAGACGCAUUGCAGGUGUUAGGGAUGCAAAGCCUCGAAGCGAGCAAAACAGACGAUGAUGUUGAACAGUUGCACAAGUGUUUUCUCCGAGAACAGAGCAAGCUUUGGAAAGGCACAGAGAAUGAAGGAAGCGUAUUGGCUGAGACACGAAAUUUCGAUGAUAUCUACACUGACUUGUGCGUUAUUGCCACGUCCCGGGAGCGGUUGUUUAUUGAACACGAUAUGAUGCAGGAGGAAAACAACAAUCAAGACAUUCAAAUUGAUUUCCAUCAAUUGUUUAGAAGUGGCAACUCCUUAACAGACAAUACGUCUAUGACUGUGGUAUGCGGGGCUGCUGGAACUGGGAAAAGCACCAUGAUACAGAAAAUUAUCCACGACUGGUCCACGGGGACUAUGUACAAACAAUUUAAGUUUAUCUUGCAUUUCCCGCUUCGGCAAUUAAAUGCAAUCAAAUGCAAAACGAAUUUAAACACGUUGAUCCUUGACGCUUAUCCUCACUUCAAAAGUAAUCUCGAACAUCUAUGGAGUGAAACCAAUAAUCUAUUGUUCAUACUUGACGAUUUCGAUCAAUUUGCGGGAAUCGGUUAUUAUCAGGACGAGGUGAAGAAAGGGAACCCACAGCAAAAGUGCUUGGAACCACAAUCUGUUUGCUUAGUGUCCGAUAUUGUACAUUCCCUCUUGCAGGGAGACUUGCUGAAGGGAUGCUCGUUGCUGAUCACAACCCGGCCGUGGAACCUCGAGACUCUGCACGAGGCACCGAUAGAUGCAACAUUCCAAAUCAUUGGGUGCACCACUGAUCAAGCAAAACAAUAUUUUAAUCGUUAUUUUCGAGAUGGGUUUCAAGGGGAAAAUGUAAUCAAACUCAUUGAGAAGAGUGAGAUAUUGCGCAGGAUGUGCCGUAACCCUUUAUUCUGCUCGGCCCUUUGCUCUUCACUGAAGUCACAACAAAUUCAAGGAGAGAGGACAACGUGCGCCAUGUACAACUCUCGGGUUUUCUUCGCCUUCUUUGCACUGCUUCUGGACCGGUCCGGUUAUAAUGUGAAAUUCUCCCGAAAUAGCCUCCGUACAAUCGGCGAAUUAGCCUAUAAAUCGAUUGGUCAUAAAAAGAAUUCGUUUGAAUCCGACAAAUUAAGUGAUUUGAAUUUCUUUCUUCCCAAUUUUGCCUCGACAUUUAUAAUUCAAGUUCAAGACAACGAUAUGACUGCUUCUGUUUAUAAAUUUACGCACUCCUUUAUUCGGGACUUUAUUGCUGCAGUUAGUAAACGGCUGCAUACAAAGGGAAUUGAAUUGCAAAGAAUAUUAAACGAUACGCUCACGUUCACCGACGACAGAUGGGUUAUAUUUUCACGUUUUCUUGUCGGCCUUUGUUCAGAGGAAUCAAGUGAUCUUCUAGAGGGGCUACUGGGCAAAUGUAUUUCUGAUGUAUCCCGGUGCAUCUCCGAUUGGUUGUCAGAAACGAUCAAAAGUCGCAUCGGGAAUCUAGAGGGAAAGUUUACCCAGAACACUUUCUUAAACAUUCUACACUGUUUAUCUGAAUUUGGAGACAUACAACUAACCAAGAAUGCACUGACAAUGAUACCGGCAAUAAAGCUGAAUCAAUGCCUUCUCAGACAUUCCGACUGCACGGUGAUAUCCACCACAUUAUCCUGCUCUGAAACUGUUACAGAAAUGGAUCUCAGUUCAUGCCGUUUACAACUAGAAGUAAUCCAACAACUGGAACCCGUUCUUCACAAAUGUGAAAUUCUCAGACUCAAUGGCAAUGACCUGCGAGAUGCUGGAGUGAAGUUUCUUUCUGAAGUUCUGAAGAAAAGUGAUUGCAGAGUACAAAGACUGGAGCUGAAAUCCAACAAGCUCACAGAUGAUUGUCUGGAAGAUUUGUUCUCCACGCUCGCUAGAAAUCGGUCACUGACGGAGCUGGACCUGAGCAAUUCCACACAGCAAGAGGAGGAGGCCAACCGAUUCACCACUGACAUACUGCAGAAUGUUAUACAGAACAGCGAUCUGAAGCAAAUCAGACUGAUACGCUCUCGAGAUUUUGAACAAAAUAGUUCAAAGGAUGAAACUGCAUUGAAUGUUUUAACUGUAAUCACAGAAUGAAGGACAGAUUAUCAGCCUGGUAAACGGGGGUGUAAGGAACAAAGUACCGAUUUCCACACAAAUUUGUAUGAUUUAUUAGUGAACACAAGAUGUUCUGCAGAUGCUGGAAAUCCAAAACAAAAAAAAGGCAAAAUAUGGAAGGAAUGCACAAGUCAGGCGGAAACUUUGAAGGGAAAUAAAGAGUCGACUUUUCAUGCCACAGCCUUUUUUGGGACUAAACAAGAACGGGGGAAGAACCCAGCGAAAUGUAAUCUAAUAGGAAAUUCAGGAGCGUCUUCAUAAUCUAGUAAAUGAAAAGAUUGGCAACAUUCAAGAUAAUCAACAAAUGGAAACAAAACACUGAAAUAACGUCGACAACAACGGAAAAUAACACAGUUCAAAAGAUCCAAACUACCGUCCGCUAUGGUUACUGAUCCCAACCCUACACGAUGAGGAGCAGGUUGUGGCUUAUUUUUCAAUGUGCGUGUAUUCAAAACUUAUCGAUCCAAUCCUGAUAUAGUAAUGUAACAAACUUUCCUGCUGUCAAAUUAUUCCCGCACAUCGUAAGGUAACAACCUUGACUGCUAUCAUAAUGUUUCCGGAUAUUUUUCUAACUCUGGCUGAGAAUAUCUUGCAAAAUUCUGAUGAAAUUAUACCGUGGAUGCAAAUAAUAAAACUAGGUGACAUGUAAGCAACUCACCAAUUAAAAUGACAAUGCAUUGUUCAGGUUACUUUAUGGUGUCACGAACUAUAUUACCUCAUUUUACUGAAAGUUGCAUUAUCUACGGUUGUGUUUGGUGACGAGAUGGCUUAUUCCCUAUGUUUAUACCGAAAUAACAAAACCUUAAUAUAGGUAAUUUGCAAAUGUUGUGAAAGAU